CUGGCGCUGCCUCCGCCCUCGCCCCGCGCCGGAAGCGUCAGCCGCUCCCAGCCCCGCCCGCGGGGGCUCAGGUAAACAGCCAAGAUGGCGGCGGCGGAGAGCCCGGGCCCGGCUGGGCCGCGGGGCGCGGCGGAGCCCGACAGCGACGGGAUGGGCCUGACGGACCUGCCGGGCGAACUGCUGGAGCUGAUCCUUUGCUGCGACGUGCUGGGAGCCGCCGACAUCGGGCGGGUGUCGUGCACCUGCCGCCGGCUGCGUGAGGCGUGCCAGCCCCGCGGCAAGGUGUGGCGGGAGCGGUUCCGCCUCAGGUGGCCUUCGCUGCUGAAGUACUACAGCCACACAGAUGGUGUCAGCUGGCUGGAAGAAUACAAAGCACGGCACAAGGCUGGUCUGGAAGCCCAGAGGAUUGUAGCUUCUUUCUCCAAAAGGUUCUUUUCAGAACAUGUGCCCUGUGAUGGAUUCAGUGACAUUGAGACUCUGGGGUGCCCCAGUCACUUCUUUGAGGAUGAGCUGAUGUGUAUCCUUAACAUGGAAGGAAGGAAAGGUCUCACCUGGAAGUACUAUGCAAAGAAAAUUCUUUACUUCCUACGGCAACAGAAUAUAUUAAAGAACCUGAAGGAGUACCUGCAGCGCCCCACCGAGCGGCAGUCUUUCCUGGAAGGUGCUGUUCUGAUCGACCAGUACUGUAAUCCCCUGUCAGACAUCUGCCUGAGGAGUGUGCAGGCCCAAGUGGAUGACAUCACCGACAAAGUGCGCAAGGUCCUGCGGGCCAAAAACCCGAGGCACCCCAGCCUGGCUUCCAAGGCAGGAGAAGUGUUGGUUCCAGAAGUGGAGCUGCAGCGGCAGGUGCUGGAUGCUAUGAAUUGUGUCCUGUAUGAACAGCUGAAGUACAAAGGAAAUGAGCUGGAUUACUAUAACUCCCUGAACUCAUACAUCCACCAGGUUUUGAUCCGCAGGACAGGAAUUCCCAUCAGUUUGUCUGUGCUUUAUUUAACAAUUGCCAGGCAGCUGGGAGUCAAGCUUGAGCCAGUCAACUUCCCCAGCCAUUUCCUGCUGCGCUGGUGUCAGGGGAAGGAAGGAAGCACAGACAUUUUUGACUACACCUACAUCGAUGCCUUUGGCAAGGGGAAGCAGCUGACGGUGAAGGAGUGCGAGUACCUCAUUGGCCACCAUGUGACAGAGGAGUUCUAUGGGGUGGUGACUUCCAAAGAGGUCCUGCAGCGUAUGGUGGGGAACCUCCUAAACCUGGGCAAGAGAGAAAGCACUGAUCAGUCUUACCAGCUCUUGAGAGACUCCCUGGACCUGUACCUGGCCAUGUAUCCAGACAACGUGCAGCAUCUGAUGCUUCAGGCCAGGUUGUACUUCCACCUGGGAAUCUGGCCAGAAAAGGUUCUGGACAUCUUGCAGCAUAUUCAGGCUUUGGACCCAUCCCAGCAUGGGGCUGUUGGAUACUUGGUCCAACACACCCUGGAGCACAUCGAGCGCAGGAAGGAGGAGGUGGGACCAGAGGUGAAGCAGCGAUCGGAUGAGAAGCACAAAGAGGUCUGCUUUUCCAUCGGGCUGAUUAUGAAACACAAGAGGUAUGGCUAUAACUGUGUGAUUUAUGGCUGGGAUCCUGCCUGCAUGAUGGGGCAUGAAUGGAUCCGGAAUAUGAACGUCCACAGCCUUCCCCACGGCCCCCACCAGCCUUUCUACAACGUGCUAGUGGAAGAUGGCUCUUGCAGAUAUGCUGCUCAAGAGAACCUGGAGCACAACUCGGAGCCGCGGGAGAUCCCUCACCCCGACAUCGGCCGCUACUUCUCCGAGUUCACAGGCACUCACUACCUGCCCAACGCCGAGCUGGAGCUCCGCUACCCAGAGGAUUUGGAGCUCACUCGGGCCACAGUUCAGAAGAUCUACAGUUCAGGCAAGGAAUGAGUGCAGAAGGCCCUGUGAGGACAGAAGCAGCUGGAGUGUAGCUUUACCCUGUUCUGCAGAACUUGCCACGGGAGGCCGAGUCUGGGGACCAUCCUUUGGCUUACCGCAUCGGAGCCUGCGCUGGACCUGUAACUGGUGCUGGAGCAUCUUCCCAUUGCCUGCCUGCCCAUCCUGGCCCAAGCGCACACAGACACCUUGGUAACUGAGGCCACGCAGGAGGAUCCUGCAGGGACAGUCGUGCUGGGAAGCACAUGGUCCUUCAGAAGGAUCUGCACAUGCUGCUUGUGCUGCCUUGGAAGGUCGAUGCAGGGAGAUCCUUGGUGUGGAACACAGAAGAACCUCCUCUUCUAGGGAAGGAACUCACUUGUCCCUGCAGUGUUGUGGGAUUGGGGUUUCUUUUUUGGUGGGUCGUGUUUGGGUUUUAUUUUUUGGUGUGUAUCUCACACAGGUGAUAGCUUUUAAAGUCUCUUACCUUGCACUGUUGUCUUCUUCAGUCUGAGUUUUCAGUCAGAGUUUGCUUCACCUCUGUUGUCUGAUGGUUCAUGGAACGACCCUUCCGAAUAUCCACAGGGGCCUGGAAGGAGCCCCAGCAGCACACCCAGCAGCAGCCAGGCUUCGGGGGUGGGGGUGGCAGCACAGUGGUGACCCUCAGGUCCAGCUGGCCACCUUGCUGGUGAUACAGACUUCUCGUGCAGAAGAUGAGCUCCUAGCCCUUUGCCACGCCUGCCAAACACACCCACUCCACCUUCUUACCUGUGGGUUCUGCUCUGUUCACCAUGGAUGGCCGUGGCAGCAUCUGCAGUGCAGCCCCAGCGCUCCCAGGACCGUUUUGAACCUCUUGGCACUGUUCCAUGGAAGCCUCUGAGGUCAGUGCCAGAAUGACUGCUGUGUGGGGAGCUUCCACUCGCCUGCCACCUCCACUCUCUAGGUACUUAAUGUGGGAUUGUGACUGGAAUCUGGCCAACCCUGGAGGCAGCCAAACCCCACGCGGAGGAGAGAUUCCUGCAGCUCCAGGCCUUCUUCCUUUAUUGCCAAAAGAGGAUGGAUUUUGGGGGGAGCCCAGAAGGGAAGAGCUUUAGCAGCUCAAGGCACCUGAAUUGAACAUGACUUGAAGUCCCAGACAAAGGCACUGCAGCAAAGGUGUUCCUUGAGCUCGGCUGUGACGGGAGGCAGAGUGACACCACCAUUAUGUCUACACACAGCCUGUGCAGCUUUGUGGUUUCUCAAGUGAGGUCUGCAGACCAGCUGCAGCUGGUGUCUGCUGUCGAUGUGGCUGGUUGCAACAUCAGAGGUGACAGCCAGGCCCUGUGCCCUCCCUGUAGAGUUAGGUGGAUGCCCUUAGUCUGUUCUAGCCCUUCAGGUAUCGCCACGUGAAGUCUCACAGCCCUCCUCCCAAAAGCCUGCUUGCACUGCAUGCCAUCCUCUGGAAAUACUCAGCACUGGUUACAGAAGAGAAAUAAAUACUCAAAGCCCAGCA